AUGGGAAAGGGUCCUGGUUCCUUCUCAGACAUUGGCAAGAAGGCCAAGGAGCUGCUUUUCAAGCAUUACGCUUACGAUCACAGCAUCAACAUCUCCACAAAGACUGAUUCGGGCGUGAAGUUUCAAACCGCAUCAGUGAAGAAGGGAGACGAGGUGUCGUGCGAUGUGAAGACCGAGGUCGAGGUUGGAAACGUUGAGGCCGAGUUCAAGCUUGAUACGAAGUCCAAGCUUUAUUUCAAGGCCGUUUACGAGGAUCUUGCUCCUGGUCUGAAGCUUGCCCUAACUGGAAUCGUUCCGGAUUCGAAGGCCACCAAGGCAGAGCUGACCUACAAGCAAGAGUUGCUACACGUGAAUGCCACCGUCGGUCUUGUUACACAACCCGUUUUCGAGGGUGCUCUUGCCGUCGGAACCAAGGGUGUGGUUGUUGGUGCUGAGCUUGGCUACGACACUGCCACUAACAGCGCGACCAAGUACAACCUUGGCGUGGCUUACUCCGAAUCCGACUUCUCUGCUUCCUUGCUGAUUGCUGACAAGCUGGACACGUUGAAGGCUGCCUAUUUCCAGAAGGUGAAGAAGGACGUUGAGGUUGCUGUUGAGGCAGCGCACAAACUCUCCAAAAGCGACACAACUUUCACAGCAGGUGCUUCCUUCGAGCUUGAUCCCCUCACAGAGGCCAAGCUCAGGUUCAACAACCGUGGCACAGUUGCUGCUCUCCUCCAGCACGAGUUCCGGCCCAAGUCUAAGGUCACCAUUGCAGGAGAGGUUGACUCCAAGGCUCUUGACAAGGAAGGUGACGCAUGUGCGAAUGCAUGCACCGGACAGAAAGGUCAGGCCGAGGAAGGCAGCGCACAGAAGGUUUCAGGCAACCCGUACGUGGAAAGGGUGGUUCAGGUGGCCGUGGGAGCUGCCCUGGGGGAGACACGCGGAAGAGCGGGGGACGCAGCAACGGACAAGCGGCGGCUGAGGGAGAAGUUGGCGAGUUCAGGAGUGCGCAUCACCAUUGCAGGAGACAACGACUUUUAUUCGCACCGCCACACUCUGCAACGGAUGGGUCUGCCGCUCUCUGCGUCCUCCCUCGCCCGCAUCCCCCCCUUCGCCCCCAUCGUCAGCAACCACCCUUCAGCAGCCCCAGCAACAUCAACACCCCUGGUCACAGCAGCAGCCCCAGACGCAGCAGCACCACCAGAGUCCACGAGGGGCCACGUGCCAGAGGUGGCGAAGACAGGGCUGGGCUCCUCUGCUGCCAUGACUGCUGCUGUCUCCGCUGCUCUGCUGCGCUUCUUCCGCGUGCUGGAGACACCAGGGAGUGGCGCUGCUGAUGAGGGAUGUCAGGAGCGGGCGAUGGGGAGUGGAGCGCAGGAGAGCUGUCAAGAGGAGGCGGUGGGGAGAGGGGGGAUGGUGGGGAGGGAGGAGGUGGUGCAUAGGGUGGCGCAGGUGGCGCAUUGCCUGGCGCAGGGCAAGGCGGGCAGUGGGUUUGAUGUGGCAGCCGGCGUGUUUGGGUCCAUGUGCUACCAGCGCUUCAACCCCGCCGUCAUGCACGCCCUCAUGGUGGGUGCUUGCACGAUGGGUGGGUGUUCCAUGAUGGGAGGGAUCGAGGGAGCAGCUACAGAGGCGGCAAUGACAGUUAGCAGCAUAUCAGCCACGCUGCGGUCUCCUCUGUGGGAUCACACCAUCGCUCCCCUGCACCUCCCACCAGGCCUUCUCCUGGUACUAGGCGAGCCAGGCACAGGGGGCACCGCCACACCCUCCAUGCUUUCUGCUGUCAUCAAGUGGAGGAAGCAGUCACCAGAUGAAGCAGAGCCCAUUUGGAAUGGCCUGAAGAAGGCCAAUGCGGCAGUUGCUGCUGCUCUCUCUCACCUGUCCCUGCUCGCUCGCACCCAUCCAGACGCCUUCUCCACCACUCUGAACCGCCUGCAGCACGUGCCUCUCACUGCAGCAACCCCAGUGGCGCCUUCUGCUGCUGCAACCCAGGUGAACCCCUUGUGUGCCUCCAAUGAGGCAGCGGGGGAUCUCCUGGCUCAGGUUGAGGCAACUACGGAGUCUACUCAACAGUCGAAAGCAGGCACACUGGGACAUGGUGGCAGCGACAUCAGCCAUACAAGCAGCACCGUCAAACCACACGCGCCACAGCAACCACAGCAACCACAGGAACAACAAGAAUCUCAAAAGAACCAAGAGCAGCAAGGAGGCAACAUCUCGAAUACCAUCCUAUGCGCCCUCCUCACCCUGCGGUCCUCCUUCCUCUCAGUGCGCCACCUGCUCUCUGCCAUGGGCUCUGCUGCUGCCACACCCAUCGAACCCCCUCAGCAGACCGCCCUUCUUGACGCCACCAUGCAGCAGCCAGGGGUGGUGAUGGCGGGUGUGCCGGGCGCAGGGGGGUUUGAUAGUGUUUUUGCGGUGGUGGUGGGGGAGGAGGCGGCGAGGAGACUGGAUGGCGUGUGGGCGGGGAUGGGGGUCAUGCAGAUGGGUGUGCGGAGUGCUGCGGAGGGGAUGAGGUGGGAGGAGGUAGAGGGGGUGGUGAGGAAGCUGGGAAGGGGGUGA